AUGGGGAUCCCCUACGACAAAUCCCAAUCUAGCCCAUGGUUCUACGCAAAGAUUGCAUUGCUCCUUCCUUUCGCGCUCGCCUAUGAAUGGUGCCGUCCCAGAUGGUUCAGACUUUUUCCGCCUGCCAAACCAAUUGAAACUCCUUGGGAUCAACGUUAUCGAGCAGAUGCUACGAAGAGCAGCACUGAAGCGUCGAAGCAAGACGCCCUGUUCCUGAAUCUUCCACUAGAAGUACGCCAUGCGGUCUACCAACUCAUCCUACCCGCGCAGACAUUCCACCUAAGUCUAAGCAUUUACGGCGGCGUCCCCGUAAGCAAAUUCAAAUGCCUUCAUCCACAAUUCCAUGCCGACUCGGUGCAUGGAGACUGCCAUGGGUAUAGGGUCAAGCAAGACGCGCUGGACCUGCUGUCACUACCAUUGGUCUGCAGACAGACGCGUGACGAAGCACUCCCAAUAUUGUACCAAAACACCUGGCUGACGUUCUCGCAACCAUUCUGCUUUCUGAGCGUUUUCGACGCACUACCGCCAGAUCUAACAACGAGCAUUCGGCAUGCUUCGUACCACCGAUCGAUCGACAUGAAGCUCAUACGAGCCCAACCCGUCGCCAUGGAAGAGUGGCACCGCUUCUGCGCCUUCUGGCCAAAGCAUUUCAGCCCAAGCUUCAAUCUCCACCUCUCUGCCUCCCCAUUCAGAGACGGAGCUCGACGUAUCCGCCAUCCACAGCACGAAUCCGAUGUAGACUGGUUGCGUCCCUUACUGUCGCUAGCCCGGCGGAUUCAGCUCUGGCUCCAGAUCCCGUCUGGAGACUCCGGUGCUCAUCAGCGCCAUGCCGAGAAUCGUUUCGCCCGAUCAUCCACGGUCGGUACACUGCCUCCAGGACCUCCAGGGCUCGCCACACCCGCACCACUCGAAGCAUUCGCCGCAGCCGACUUCUUCCGCGCCGGCGGCACGAGGGAAACGAGAAUUGAGCAGCAGAGGGAUACGAUGAAUGUUGUUAUUGACCUUAGUCAUAUGGUUGAAGCGGACAGGGCAGAGGAGGAACUCGUCGCCGACUUGCAAAGACAGGUUCAAGAUGCACUGUGGAAGUGGAAGCCGUAUGGCCGGCUCAUCGGCGAUGACUGA